AUGGCUACUCAGCAAGAUUUGCUGGACCAAGAGCUAUUGGGGAAUGCAGGCCAAUUGAUCAAAUGGCUGGAAGGCCAACCCCAGCAGUCGCAGAAUGAUCUUGCGGUCGUUGCGUUUGAACGCCUUUACUCCGAGGCUGCGCAACCGAAGUCUGUCUCAGGCAACGCCUGCGUGAGGCUCUGCGGGCUUGUCGAGCAGUCAUCCAAAUCUGAAUCGCGGGUUCUGCGCGACUGGGCAUUCUCCUACGAUGUCGUGCUCAAGCUCUUCAAUUUUUACAUUGACUGGAACGAGUACGACCACCACCGGUCCAUGCGUCUUGUGCUCGAUCUCAUUGCUGUGCUGCUCCGCAAGAACCCAGACCAGCACGCCGCAGCGAGCACCAAAAAUGCUCUCCUGGGUGAUCUCAUCUCCAUUGUCUCGGGCCGCUCGAUGAAGCCCGUGGCAAAAUCUGCCAUUAAGACGUUGGACCACUUCCUCGGCAAGUACGUAUUCACACUGGACGAGAUUCGCGUGAGCUAUGAAAUCUACAGAAGCGAUUUCCAGGGCCGUGAGCCGAUCCAGGUCUGGGGUAUGCUUAUCGAGGAUCUUUUCGGCUGGAUGUGCCUGCACUUUGUGUGCCCUGCGGCGGGCAAGUUGGUCGUGACUCUUUACAGGAUGCUACGUCAAGGACGCGCUGGCUCGGAUCAGAUCCCGACUAUUGAUCUGUGGCACUCGUGGCUGCUUGUGUUUGUUACAAAGGAGCCUUCUCUCGUUGAGCGCAUCAAGAACUAUGUAUUUCUGCCGCUGUUCAAGAUUGAUAGGAAAGAAGCCUUGCUAUUCCUGCAAAAGAUGAAUAAUGACCAGCCCGUGUCGGCAUCAGCAAAGCUACACGUGGAUAUUCCGGCUCUGAUCCAGCUUGCAGCUCUUGAGACGGGGAAAAGAGUUGGUCUCGUCGAGGAGCCGGACCUCGACUCGGACGGCGCGGCCGAAAGCGGAGGCAACUCCAUCGUUUUGCAAGAAGAGGUUCUAGAAAGUGUCCUCGGUCACCCGUCGCACGAAGUUCGCUCGCUCGCCUUUUCCAUUCUCAUAGCCUCGCCGUCUACCACAAAGCCUUACUCGCUGAGGGCGCUUCAGCUUCUUCAGAAGCACCUGGGCGCCUUCUUUGCCGACCCCGACGCCAAAUUUCGCGUCGACGUUUCGGCACGCGCCAGGGACAUGUUUAAGCGCAUUCGAGGGGCCAUAUCCGUGCUGAAACGCAGCAUCCCACGCGUACGCGCCAAAGCCGCCAAAGCGAAGAAAUCAGAGAGCGACACGCCGGCCCUGUACAAGACGAAUCUGAUUGCGCUGCCCGAAGAAAGCUUGUUGCAGUGCUUGGAGUAUCAUGAAGAAUUUCUCAGGUGGUAUCUUAGAUUUUUGUGUGAGGAGUUGGUCCCAACAGCAUCAUACCAACGCCACAUUGCGUCGCUCAAGGCACUUGGCCAUAUUCUUCGUAUGGAGGGCGAGAAGAGCAAGGCGUGGGAGACUGCAGACGACCAGACACUAUUCUUUGAUGCAUUUGACGACAAAUGGGCUCGCGCGCUGUUUGACCUCCUCAUGGAUCCGUUUGAAGACGUCCGCGACGUCGCCUCUACCGUGCUUACAUCGAUCUUUGCCGAUCAGCGAUAUCGCAAGUUCUCGCUGCAUGCGGACAGCGAGGCGCAAAACCCUGCGAAAGAGCUUCGAGAGCUGUCUCGCCGUGCCAAUGAUCUUGCGCGUAGGACCGCCCGCGCGGACCACGCAGACGGCGUCGCGCGCGUAAAUCAGCUCCUCUACCGGUUCCUCACCACGCCGGCCGAGCGCAUCGCCCUGCUGUCGGGCAUGAUUGGCGAGCUUGAAAGUAAGAUUGCCCAAGCGGAGGCGGACCUCGGCCGCGCGGUCCUCGAGGCGCCGGUGCACGGUGACUUUGCUUCGCUGUGCAGCAUGUGGCAGGUCGUCGCGGAGCUCCCGCUCGCGGACGAGGACCUACAAGCAGUAGGGAAAUUGCAAAUGCAGCUUGUAGGAUGCUGCCAGCGCGCGUGGGCAUCUGUCAAGUAUAUCCUGUGCGACGACUCGCCCGAGGGACAUUUGCCGUCGGAGCUGGAAGAGCUUGAGGGACUCGAUACCAAGAGCCUCAUCAGCUACAGUUUUCGCUCUAUUCAUGAAUCGAGCAACUUGAUGCGCAUCAUGAUUCUGGCGAUGCGAAACAAAUCACGCAAGGGCGCCGUGACACCUAGUAAAGAUGUAUAUCUUGGUAUUGGAAGGCUGACGUUUGAGCAGCUGUCCAGCCUCAGACACCGCGGCGCUUUCACCAAUGUCUCUGCUACAUUCAGUGCCUGCUGCCAGCAGAGCCGGCACUUGGAGCAAGCGCAAGGCGACGAGGAUAUUCUGCUGACUUGGUACAACGGCGCCAUGAACGCCAUCAACUCCCAAGUAUCAACAACUCGUCGCUCUGCUGGUAUUCCCUCCCUCAUCACAGGCAUCCUCUCCGCCAACACGACCAACCCGUCAUUUGAAACCGUCAUGGACACGCUCAUGAGGAUCGCUAGCACUGAAGCCCAAGUGACGGAAAUCGAUGAUACGCAACUGCCUCAAGUGCACGCCUACAACUGCCUCAAAGAUAUUUUCAAAAACUCUCUGCUCACAUCUCUCGGCAAUAAAUCCGAGGCCUACCUGCCGCAGUGCCUGGAGCUCGCUGCCAGCGGCUUGCGCUCCGAAGUCUGGGCCAUCCGCAACUGCGGCCUCAUCUUCCUCCGGAGCCUCAUCGACUGCCUGUUUGGCUCGCACGAGAGCAAGCACAUGAUUGAGGCCGGCUGGGACGGCAAGGCGAACCGCAUCCCGUAUCACCGAUAUUCGAAACUGCCCAAAGUGCUCCGCGAUUUGCUCAAGUCGGGCCACGGGGUCAUGGCCGUCACGUCGACGCUGUCGGCGGCGGCGGCGGAGUCGGUGUUUCCCGCGCUGGACAUUAUCCGCAGAGCGGGACCGCCGGAGCUACUUCGCGACGAGAUUCAGAGCGACGUCGCGCACUAUCUCUCCAGCAGCGUCUGGCACGUGCGGGAGAUGGCGGCCAGGACGCUGUGCUCGUGCUUGCUCCAUGACAAGUGGCUGAGGACGAUCAAGCAGAUAUAUGGGGAGUCACAGCGCACCACUGGGGGCGCGCGCCUGAAUUAUACCCAUGGCGUCUUGUUGACUCUCAAGUUUGUGAUUGAGAGACUAAAUGAGGUAUCUCUGGACCAACUCAAAGCCGAUCUACCGGAGCUAGUCGACUUUCUAUCACACUGCAAUGUUGCAAACGACUACGUCAACUGUCCUGACGUGGCCGCUGCUUAUCUCGAGGUUCUCAACCAAACAUGGGCCCUGCAACUUGCGGAGGGCCUCCCACUACAACCGAAAACGCCUCAGCUGUCAGAACAGCCAAGCCUGGCCCUCUUCAAGUCGCAAAAGGUCAUUCAUGAUAUCUUUUUAGCAUGCCAAGCUACCGAUUCUAUCGACGCCCUCCGCGACAUCGUGUUCAACCCUCACACUGGUGUCAACACUCUUGUCACCGCCCUGGAGACAAUACCGAAACUAUGGAAUCUUGCAAAUGCAACAGAGCAGACGCUGCUAUCCCUCUGCUCACUAUACACGGACGUGGCGCUCCGCACAACGUAUCUGGAAGCGCAGACCGCAGCGGUCGAGAAUCUGGCUGAUGUGCUCAACGCGCUCUCAAAGGGUGGCAAAACACGCAAACUGCCAAUUGAUGAGCUGGCCAGCCUUUGGGCUUGUCUGCCGCUUGGACCCAUGAGCCCGGCGCUCUCUAAUGCAGUGAUUCGCGCAGGCGGCGGCAUCAUUGCAGCGCUGCACGUUGCAGGCAAGCUUACGCCGGAGGGCCUGGACAGCUGGGCGCUGCUGAUGGCUGAUGCCGGCCUCGAUGACAAGACUUUUGACGCACGAUUUGCCGCUGCAGAGUCGUUUUGCUCCUUCUUUACCGUCAUCGGCGGGCAAUGCACAGCCGCGGCCUUUCUCCCCGUCCUCCUUGCGCUAUAUGACACGCUCAACGACGACGACGAAGAAGUCCGCGAUCUGGGCUCUGCCGCCUUUCAGCACGUCGCGGGCGUCGCGCUCGUGCCCAUUGAAGCCGCGAGCCGGCUUCUGCAGUGGCUCGCCACCACUUUUGGCCAACUGCCGCAGUUUCGCGCCGUGCUCGCGAGCCGCAUCGUCGGCGACGCUUCUCUCACCGCUGCGGCGGCGGCGACGGCGGCGGCGGCUCUCGAGUCGUGGACACCAGCGGCGGAGCAGCUCGCCGCGGCGCUGCAGUUUGACGACUCGCUGUUUGCGGUCGAGGAGCAGAACCUGUUUGUCGACGAGGUGCGCGAGACGAAGCGCUGGGUGGCCGUGUUUGAGAGCGUGUCGUGGGACGGGGAGAAUGGUGGCGGUGGUGGUGGUGGUGGUGAUGGUGGUGUUGUGCUGGCGGCGCUGGAUCGCUGGGUGCGAGGCGGCGUCGGCAAGAUGAGGCAAGUGGUGCGCGGACAAGAGGAUGGUCCGCUGGGAUGGGCUUCGGACGCAAAGGUGUUUGCGAUUGCGACGCGUAUCUUGCAUGGGUUUCUGGUGUUGGUCAAGAGUGGCUCUGCGAGCGACGAGUUGGUGGCAGAGGUGGCAAGACUCAAGCAAGAGGCUCUUGAAAAGGACAAUGAUGUUUCACGACUGCUCAUGGAUGCGCUGAAUUGA